GCCAAGUUUGCCGAAUCCGCAUACAGCAUCGGAAUUACUGACUGCAGGCUGGUUGACUCUUUUCUUUGGAUCUGAUGCAAUGAGUGCUUUCACUCAUUUCUUGAAUCCUUCGAAGAUGGCUUGGAAGAAAUAUUAUUUUGCCGUCUAAUUAAAACGCCCAUUUGAAUAUUCGGGACGGUUUUUAGUAACUUGUUUUUUCCCUGGUCACUGAAGCUGCACAGGACCAUGGAUCCUCCACCGACUUCAGAGAAAUCGCAUCUUAUCAACGAAAGUAAUGCCAAAGUAUACUCCUUAAAACUUAACAGUGAAUUCUCAGGUUCCAAAGAAAGUUGUCCAAACUUGCUUUUGGGAAAUGGCGACAUGGCUGGUGCUAUCGAGCUGAAGAGGCCCAUUGGAACUCAUUGCCAUGGAAAAAAAGCAGCAUUCAUCGAGAGCCAUGAGAAACUCAUAGCAAAGAAGAAACUGUUCAUCGCCUCCAUAGUCUGUCUGGUUUUCAUGAUCGGAGAAGUUAUAGGUGGUUAUCUAGCACAUAGCCUGGCCAUUAUGACUGAUGCAGCCCACCUUCUGACUGAUUUUGGCAGCAUGAUGGUCAGUCUUUUUUCCUUGUGGAUCUCCUCAAGACCACCAACCAAGAUAAUGACCUUUGGCUGGCACCGAUCAGAGAUUCUGGGAGCCCUGAUAUCUGUGAUGUCCAUCUGGAUCGUGACUGGGGUGUUGGUGUACCUUGCCAUUGAGAGGAUAGUAAAAAAUGAUUAUGAAAUUGAAGGCCAUGUGAUGCUCAUCACCUCAGGUUGUGCCGUCGUGGUCAACAUCAUAAUGGCCUAUAUUCUACACCAUUCCACGACCUUCCACAGUCAUGGUUCAGGCUACCACAAGAUUGAUGAGAAUGGGAUGAGCCCUGUGGGCCAUGGCCACUCCCACAGCCUCCUGGGUAAUCAUGGGAACACCAGUGUCAGAGCUGCAUUUAUUCAUGUUUUGGGGGAUCUCUUACAGAGCUUUGGAGUGAUGGUGGCCGCCAUCAUAAUCUACUUCAGGCCAGAAUACAAAGUAGCCGAUCCCAUUUGCACUUUCCUUUUCUCUGUGUUCGUCCUGGGCACUACCAUCACCAUCCUGAGAGAUGUCUUCCGCAUUCUCAUGGAGGGGGCCCCCAAAGCAAUAGAGUUUAAUUCAGUGAAGGAGGUGCUGCUAUCUCUGAAAGCAGUGAAGGCCUUGCACAGCCUGCAUCUAUGGGCUCUCACCAUUGGCCAGAGUCUGCUGUCUGUUCACAUAGCUAUUGAGGAGAACGCUGACCCUCAUAGUGUCUUAAAGGAAGCCACUGAACUCCUUCAGACCAAAUUUGGGUUUUACAGCACAACCAUUCAAGUGGAACCUUAUUGUGAGGACAUGAUCCACUGCGGCCAGUGCCAGGACCCUAUGGACUGAGUUGUCCAAGUGCCCCGGUGAGAGGAGGAUGCCUGUAUAAAAUGUAUGCACACAUAUUAAGCUUCAUUGAGGGUCCAAGCCAGAAAUGGAAACACUGUGCAAAUGUAUCAUCUACAUAUCAUAACGAAUAUGUACAUGCCAAAUGCAUUUCUGUCGAUUACCAAAAAAAAAGAAAAAGAAAAAAGGUUUCACACUGUGCCAUCUUAAAAGUGCAUCUUCAGCAUCAAAAAUGCAUCGGUUUAUAGAAGGAAUAGCUUUUAAAUGGUGAUGUUAAUCUUAACAUACUGUAUGCAGAGAUAAACUGAACUGAGUGGCAGCACAUAAAUAUGAGGCCUGGAGGCAUCACUGUGAGCCUUUUUAUUGUGACUUUGCUUUAAGUUUUGCUUGGCCGGUUGGCAUCGUACAUUACAGCAGAAGUGUACUGUAAUUGCCUGUCCGUGGUCUUGGGACAGUAAAAGAUGGGUAUUGAUGUGACUUCCUUAAAAACAAUUAGAUGGGGUUUAUUAUGCCCCAGCCAGCCUUGCGUCUGCUGUCAGCAUGGUUCUCUAAUCAAUGUGAAUGUCCACCAAACUGCGGCAUGAUGUUGUAAGGCUUAAAAAGAGAUUAUGCUCAAGUGUAAUUAUGGAUUUUGUUGGCAAUCUCUUACUAAUGUCUUGUCUCAUGGUACAAUACUAUUUGCAAAAGCAGGCAAGUGAUUAUCUCUCUUCUUCUUCACUGGCUGCGAUAUUGAAGGUGCUGUUGUGGUUUUCAUGUGGCUUUUAAACAACAGUGGAAAUAAAUAGCUAAUGAGGGAAACAACUAAGAGUGAUAUUAAAGGUGAAGUGUGUAAUUUGAAAUGCUUUAUCCCAGUUUCAUGUGCAGAAAUUAGCAUAAGUAAAAUAUUGUAGGCUAAUAUCCCAAAAAAAUCAGGACUAUCUGUGAUAAGCUGUUUAGCAGGGAUUUGGUAAUGUUCAAAAUAACAUACUACUAUUACUGCAGUAUAUACUCUACCAUUCAAAAGUUUUAGAUUUUUUUUUAUCUACUUUUUGUUCAGCAAGAUUGCAUCAAAUUGAUUAAAAGGGACCAAAUAGUUUUUUUCAAUCCUGAUACAUACAUACACACACAUGUAAAUUGCAGCUUUGGUGAACAUCAGAAACUUCUAUCAAAAACAUUACAAAAUUCUAUCAAACCCCAAAUUUUCUUUACGCAGUAUGCAAAUAUCGGUUUACAGUAUAGCUGACCAUAUGUGGAUAAUACUUGAGUAUCAGACUGUCAAAAUUAAUAUAAAAUGCAAUUUUAUACCAUUCGUAGAUGGAAGUGGAAGCCACUUGUUGAUUUAUACAUACAGUGUAGUGCUAACAUACAAAAAAAAUUCUGUAUGUAUAGAAUAUCUUCAUGUAGUACAUUUGCAAAUGUCCAGUAUACAACAGAGCACUGCAGUUUCCCAGCGUUCCAUCCAAUGUGAUGAACAAACUGGUAGCAAUAUAAACUAUCAUUUUUAUAAUUCCCUUUUGCCUCAUUACUUGAAGAACCUGUUGAAAGUAAAGACAUUUUUACAUACCAAUUAAUUAAAGCCUAGAAUAUACAGUGCAUACUGCAAAGUAGUAUUAAAUAUUCCAUUCUAAACAUAUAGCCAAGCUUAAACAACAACACAAAAGGAGUGGAAGAAAAAAACGUGUUUGGAAGCAAUCAUUAAUUUUGCAGUCACAAUAGCCAGUGUUAGUACUGGCACAGAAAUUACACACUUCACUUUGCUGGGAUGCUGUUGUGGGUCACUCUUGUUUGUCAAAGUCAAGCAUGCUAUAUUCAACAGCAACCCACCCUCCAUACAUUCUUGUCUUCAGGAUCUGUCCAGCUGUGGUCUGCAAUGAGGUAUAGGAAAAUGGUUUAGCCUCUGCACACACACGUUUUGCACAGAAUUUCCAUCUCUGAUCUCGCCACACUGCCCCAAUGACUCUAUGACAUUCCAGCAAGUGGUGCAACAUUUCUCAUAUCUCUGCAGUUCAAAACUGAGGUCAUGGCAGCAACAAACUGUACAGUAAUGAAGCACAUUACUUCUGAAUGUCUUUUAAGAGCCCGUAAAUGUGCACUAAUGUUCAUUUACACUACAUGUGAACAUUUUUUUAUGAAUAAAACACUGAAUAUGAUUUUAGACCAAUAAACUGACUGAUAAUUUUUGUGUUUUAAAGCUUGUGUGUACUUAUAAAAUGUAACUGUGAUCUGUUGUGGCAUUGUGAAAGAGUUUUAAGGCUUUGCUUGCAUGAUUUCUCUCUUUUUUUUUUUAAGUGACAGUCAAUCAUUCAUAAAUUAUCAACCCAAGGACCUCCCAAUCUCACUCAAAUUUCAUUAAAUUCUAUAUUUUGUCUAUUUGUUUUGAUAAAAUGGAUCUAUAUUUUAAAUGUGAAUAUCACAGCCAUUUAUAAAACAGAGAGAGUGAACGAAAUGAUAUUAUGAAAGGACCAGAGCAUAAGUAGUAUAUUUUUGAUAAUGUUGGGGUUGAUGUGCCAAAACUGCAUUAAAAAUUUUACUUUUACAAGGACCACG